GACUCAGCUGACUAAGGAACAGUCAACAGUCAAUCACCUGAAGCCUAAAUAGUGCCUCAAUAUUGUUAAUUACUACUGAAGUUUAACAAUUGCUGCAGCACAAGCCCAAGCAGAGGAAAGGAGGAGCCAAAGUGUAAAUAGUCCUGUUUCCUCUGAUCCACCACCAGUCAUUGCAAAGGCACCAACCAAACCAGUAAUAGACGGCUCCACUCUAAAGACAGUUGAAAGACAGCGACUCGCCAAGGAGCGGCGAGAAGAAAGGGAGAAAGAAUUUGCUGCAAAAGAACUUUACAUGCUAGAAAAAGAAAAGAAAAUAAGACUCCAGUAUGAGAAACAAAUGGAAGAGCGUCAGAGGAAAUUGCAAGAACAACGACAGAAGGAGCAGCAGAAGAGAGUUGCGGUGGAAGAGAAACGAAGACAAAAACAGGAAGAAGAAAAGGAGCACUACGAAGCUGUGAUGCGACGCACCUUGGAAAGGAGCCAGCGCUUGGAGCAAAGGCAAAAAAGAUGGUCGUGGGGAGGAGCUGUAGCAACUGAGAAGGAAACCUCGAAUGGUGUUCCUGAACAUUCCUUAACUCCACCUUUAAAUUUGUCUGACUGCCCCCCUCCUUCCUCAGACUCCCAGGCUUCCACUGAAGAUGGUUCUGUUGUAGACAAACGCUCUACAUCCACCGGCAGCCUCACAAAACAGGCACGGCCUGAGAUAAGCAAGCGUCUGUCUUCAUCUUCAACAGCACUUCCACACUCUCCUGACAAAAGUGCGUCUUUGAAGAAAAGAAGUGCUUCAUUAAACCGAUUGGGUAGUAAAACCUCUCAACCAGAACAGAGUGUCUCCCAGGUGGAACAAGCAGCAGACAAGAAGAGAAGCUCUUCGCUGAAUAGAUUGCCUAGCAACCCUCGUUCUUUAUCUCAAACAGACAAAAAGGACAAUCUGCAAGCUCGGCGUUCCCAGAACAGUCCCCUGGAGAGUAACAUCAUCAGCCGUCUGCUAACCCCCACACAGUCCUCUUUAGCUAGGAGCAAGAGUGCUGCUGCUAUAUCAGAAGCUGGACAAAGUUCUGCAGAGUCUCAUCUCUGUCCUCGUUCAGCUUCAGCUAGACCCGUCAACCCCCCAAACAAGCCUCUGCGUAGCCGGAGCACAGACCGACAGAACCCUGUGUCUGAAGCCUCUGCCAAAGACACUACAUCAGUCGAAGCCUCUCAGAAACCAACUAAGGAUAAACGUCCUUCAUUUCCUGCUUCGUCAAACCGUAGACGCUCACCCUCGCCAGUUUUGAUAAAGAGACCCCCAUCACCGUCAAACUCAGGGGCUCGGCGACCCCCAUCACCAUCAAACUCAGGGGCUCGGCGACCCCCAUCACCGUCAAACUCAGGGGCUCGGCGACCCCCAUCACCACCAAACUUAGCGACAAAAAGAUCAACAUCACCUUCAACAACCAAAUUCAAGCAGCACCCUGCAUCCCCUCCAUCAGCCCAGAAGCCUCUACCUGUCCACCGACCUCCAGUUGCUACCUCUAGUGUGACUGCAUCCAAAAAGAAAACUGAAAAGGAAGGAAAACCAAAGUCCAUAUCGGAGGUUGGGGGUCAGGAGCACGAAAUUCGGCACAUGUCGGAAAAAGAGUCCUCAGCAAAGUCAUCGAACAAAACCAAAGAAACUGAUCAGAAACCAGGGACCACAUCUGCUGAGGAAGCUGCGAGAAUCUUGGCUGAGAACCGGCGUCUAGCUCGUGAACAGAAGGAGCGUGAGGAGCAGGAGAGACUUCAGUUACAAGAAGCUGAGAGGGUCAGAAAAGAAGAGCAAAAGAAAAGAGAAGCUGAAGAGAGGACUCACAGGGAAGCAGAAGCCUAUCUGCUACAAGAGGAGAGAAAACUGAUAGAAGAGCAAAAUCAAAGAAAAGCUGAAGAGGAAAGGAUUUGUAGAGAGGAAGAGGAGAGAGAGCGUCUCUUGGAUCUGCAGCUCCAGAGAGAAGAGGCAGAAGCAAAAGCUUUGGAAGAAGCUAAUCGGCAGAGGCUGGAGCGAGAACGGAUCACCCAGCAGAAUGAGCAGGAACGGCUGAAGAGGAAGCAGAGAAUUGCAGAGGUUAUGAAGAGAGUAAGGGGGCCAGGCCAAGACGACUCAAAGAUGGAAGGAAGAUCAGAUAAUGCUGUCGCCGAGGAAAGCAGUGAGGAUGAACACAAGAACGAGGAUGCCGAUGAAAUAGAUAGCACUGAUGGAAUUGAUGAGCUUCAAGGUAUUGGCCAAGAAAGUGCCGAGUUGUCAGAUGGAACUGUCUCCGAUGAGAUAGCAGAGCUGAAUGGUGUUGAUGCGAUGAAUAUCACCAGCGAUCAUUUGAACAAAGACCAGACAGUGGAUGUGAGCCCUAUACCAAAGGAAGACUGUGUUGUAUCAGAACUCUUGCAUGUAAAUGAAGUGGAUCGAAGUGUUGGGCAUCAGAAUGGCAAAGCAAGUACAUGGAUCCUCAAGGAUUAUAUUGGACUUGAUAUUUGUUCAAAGGCCACCAAAUUAGCAGUCACUCCCUGCAGUGCUGAUGCCUGUAACCAAAACUUGAUCGAUAUUGCUGGCAUCUCGGAGAGCCAUAUCAGUGCACUUGAAGGAAAUGGAGGAAGAAUGACAUCCUUGACCACACCUAUUGAGGAAACAUCAGGACUCUAAACAGCUUGAUCCUGAACAUCACUUGUGAUUGCACUUGCAUAAUCAGUAUUUUUACUACGUGCUGAAAGCCUUGUUACAUGAAGCUGCUUCUCUGGAGUUUCCUCCUCUUUCCCAGAAGAAUUUACAAGAUCGUAACAAAGAUGGCAUGUGCAAUGUCACAGAGAUGCUCGUUUGCACCGUUCAACAUUUCAGGGCAUGUUCCUUGACUGCAUUGUUUUAUUUUUCUCAUGACUGAUAGUUCUUUUGAUUUUGUUGGACUGGGGUGUACAAAGUUAAAAAUCAUGCAGC